AUGUCUGAUAUUAAAAUUGGUAUAAAUGGAUUUGGUCGUAUUGGUCGAAUUGUCCUACGUUGUGCAUUACAAAAAGACGUUAAAGUUCUUGCCAUUAAUGAUCCAUUCAUUUCUGUGGAUUAUAUGGUUUACAUGUUCAAAUAUGAUUCAACUCAUGGACGCUUCAAAGGUGAUUUAUCAAAUAAAGAUAAUAAAUUAAUUAUUGAUGGCAAAUCAAUUACUGUUUAUACAGAAAAAGAGCCUUCGAAAAUCCCGUGGGGUCAAUUAGGUGUUGAUUAUGUCGUUGAAUCAACAGGUGUAUUUACUACUGUAGACAAAUGCCAAGCUCAUAUUCAAAGUGGUGCGAAAAAAGUUAUUAUAACUGCUCCAUCAGCCGAUGCACCCAUGUAUGUCAUGGGUGUCAAUGAAGAUAAAUAUACCGGUCAAGAUUCAAUCGUAUCGAAUGCAUCAUGUACAACUAACUGUCUUGCUCCGUUAGCUAAAAUUAUACAUGAAAAAUAUGGAAUUAUCGAAGGACUUAUGACAACUAUACAUUCCUAUACGGCAACACAAAAAACUGUCGAUGGACCAUCAAAUAAAGAUUGGCGUGGUGGUCGAGGUGCAGCACAAAAUAUUAUUCCAUCAACAACGGGUGCUGCUAAAGCUGUCGGAAAAGUAAUUCCAACUCUAAAUGGUAAAUUAACUGGUAUGUCAUUUCGUGUACCAACACCAGAUGUAUCAGUGGUUGAUUUAACUUGCCGUCUUGAAAAAUCAGCAAAAUAUGAAGAUAUUUGUAAUACAAUUAAAAAUGCUUGUAAUAGAAAUGAAUUAAAAAAUAUUUUAAGUUAUACUAAUGAUGAAGUUGUUUCAUCGGAUUUUAUCGGCAGUCCCUAUUCAUCAAUAUUUGAUGUUAAAGCGAGUAUUUCUCUCAAUGAUAAUUUUGUUAAACUCGUAUCCUGGUACGAUAAUGAAUAUGGUUACAGUCAUCGAGUUAUUGAUUUAAUUAAACAUAUGGCUAAAGUAGAUACUAAUGAUGGAACUACGAAAAGUUCUUCACCUGCUCAACAACGUCGACCACGUCAAUCAUCUCGAAGUCAAUCAAAAAAUAAUUGA